AUGCAGCCUAUUUCCCCCGAGUCCACCGUGUCGACCGUCUCGAUAGACGAAGCUAAGGGCUCUCCUCUAGUUUUGCUACAUCAACAUUCUCUCGAGCUUACCCCGGAUGGAAAAUAUGUGCGAUGGCUCCGUGAUCACCCUAAACAUCCUCGCAAUUGGUCGGCGCCUCGAAAGGCAUACGAUCUUACUCUCAUUUGCUUGUUAGAUCUCUUCAUUACAGCAUCAAGCACCGCGGGUUCGGCUGCUGCUGCACAAGCUCAACAUGAAUAUAAUUUGAGUGAAACACUCGCCACGUUUAUCUUCGUGACCAUCUUUCUUCUCGGCCAGGUGGCAGGCACCAUCUUAUUCCCGCCCUGGUCGGAGGCCUUCGGACGCAAGAAUAUGUACAUCUUUAGCAGUGGUUUGAGCGCUAUUUGUUGCAUGAUCAUUGGUCUUGUUCGACCAAUGCCCGCUAUUAUCGUGAUGCGCAUCGUUGCCGGUCUCCUCUCCGCGAUCCCUUAUACCAUCAUUGGCGGAAGUAUUGAAGACAUGUUCAACACGAGAGGUCGAAUCUGGGGCAUGUAUUGCUGGACUAUUGCAUCCAAUAUCGGUCUCACUCUCGGGCCCAUCAUGAGCACCUUUACUAUUUCAGACCUUGAUUGGCGCUGGAACUUCUACAUUUUCGCUAUCAUCAUUGCCUCGAUCACUGGUGGACUGUGUCUUAUCCGUGAAUCUCGACCCGCCUUGUUAUUAGCUCACGAGGUCAAAAAGGUCUCAGAAUUGACCACUGUGGACUCGAUCCCACCACCGCUCAACCACGAUCACAUCCCCGAUCUCCACACUUUUGUAAGGGAAUCUCUCCUCCGUCCCGCUCAGCUGUUCUUCCGAGAGCCCAUCAUCUUCCUCGUUGCGAUGAUGAUCGCCGUCGCCAUGUCUCUCAUCUACAUCUUCACGGAAGCCCUCCAACCAAUCUUCGAAUCCAUGGGCUUCAAAAACACCGACGCAUCCCUCUUCUUCAUUCCCAUCGCCCUCGGCACAGUCCUCAGUGCAUUUACCCGGUUACUUGAUGAAUACAUCCUCGACUACCUCCGCAAACAGGGCCAACCUAUCAAGCCAGAGCACAAACUAGCAGGUUUAGCAAUCGGCGGCCCAAUCCUGGCAAUUGGUCUAUGGUGGUUCGCUUGGACUAUUCCAGCUGCCGUUCAUACUCCCUGGAUCGUCCCAGCGAUCUCCCUCGUGUUGGUCGGAUAUGCCCUCACAGAGCUGGAUACCACGCUGUACGGGUACAUUUCAGAUAGUUAUCUGAGCUAUUCCGCUAGUGCCACUGCGGCGGUUGCUUUCGUGCGAGCACUGCUGUCUGGUACAUUCCCGCUCUUUACGGAUCAGAUGUUUGAUGGACUGGGUAACAAUGUUGCCAUGUCGGUGCUUGCUGCUGUGGCGACUCUUUUCUGUAUCGUGCCGCCUCUGUUCAUUAUUUAUGGUGAGAGAAUUCGCCAGGCUAGUAAGUUUGCACGGUAUAGCUGGGAGAUUCAACAGGAGCUGGGUAAAGAUGAGGAUGAUAUGUGA